AUUUCAGGCACUCCGCAUAAUUUAAAUCAAAUUGCGUUUAACACUUUAAGUUGUUGGCAAAGAUACUAAUUUGAACAUGCAUGUUCCGCUUCUUUUCAUCAAUUUUUCGAGCCAAAACCUUUCAUUUGACAGAAAUCAUCAUCGUCGGUGGAAAUUCUUCCGCUGGAUAAUGAACUGCGGAAGCCGCCGUAAGCCGAAAGCUGUUUUUUACAUCCCGGAGGAGAAUUACCGUCAUUUAAAUCGAAUGUGGAGAUUUUAAUAGAAAACUUUCAACAUUCAUUCGUCCAUCCGGAGCGGUCAGAAUGUAUACACAAAUCGAUCAAGGUGGACCAAGUACAAAGGGUGAUGGCAUGGAACACGUGGUUGAUGCGUAUCUGGAAUCACCGCCAUCUACACGUCAAUCAAACACAUCAUGCGAUACCGCCUCAGAUCCAAUCUUGGCCCUAUUUUCCAUCACACCGCAUCAGUUCGCCGUCAUUGGCAAUGUUCGCAUCAAAAAGCUCGCAAGAGCAGUAUUGGCUGACCUUGCCAGCGAAGAAUGCAAAUGGCCUACAUCUGUCAGAGUAGCAGCUUGGAAAACGAUGAAGGAAUUCUCUCGUAUUCCAGCUUCAAGUCUAGCAUUAUCCGACGAAGCCCAAGUCCAAAGAUUGAUCCGGGUACUCAUCUCAUUCCGCGAUCGUCUACAUUCGGCAAACGAGACCAGUACUAGCAAAGAUGAUAGCGAAGUAGAGCAACUAGAUCUGGCAUUGCGAGUGUUGAACAAUGUGUUGUUCCAACAAGCCGAAAGUCGUCAAAUAUUCGCCAAAUCGAUAGACGGUAUACGAUGCUGCUUGGACCUACUCGAGAAUCCAGGUACUCCGAUGAUCGUCUUUCUUUCGGCUCGCUUGAUCUUUUAUGCGACUUUGUCGCCUUCAAACACAUUACGUGAAGCAGUACAAAGUACACAAUUGGUCGAAGUGUUUACCAUUCGACUCUCGGCCCUUUUGCAACAACCCCAAUCGUCAGAAGUUGAAAUGGCAGAAGCAGAAAUACUCAAAGCUUUCUUCAACGUUGGCUUGCAUCUACCUCGUAUGACGGAAACUAAGAAUGGGAAUCAGGCGGGAGAAGAGCACUUUGAUGAAGUUCUUCUGCCGUUCUUAGCACCCACUGUAAGGCUUCUUGCAGACGUCCGGCGUAGAAACGGCACACCUGAACUUAGGUCGCCCUAUACAAAUGCGAUUGCUGUCUUGUUGAACUUCCCCGUUUAUCCGUACGAGGAGACAUGGAGAACAGGCUUGCUUCUUGUGGCUGUAGAUGAUACACAACAUACUGAAAUGAACGGUAAGAUGGCCAAGCUUCGAUCGUCAAGCGGAGGUGGAAGUGAGUCAGAUCGUUCUAGUACAACAUCUGCUAUGUCAAGGUCAAGAAAAGCAGCCUCUGCCUUUUUUCGAUCGCCAUUCAAUAGACAAUCUUCACAGAAAAACGUCCACCUUCCCAAUUCGGAAAGUCCUCUUCUCAAAACGUUAUUGGACAUGGUUGACACAUUUUGCAAGAAGCACUUUUCCGGUAAAGACAUUGAUGAUCACCACGCCACGCGAAAUGAAGAGGAAGAUUUACAGGCUAUCGGUGAGCCAGCUUUGUUGUUACUGCGAAAGCUGGCAAAUGGAUCAGAGAAAUUCCGUUUGAUAGCAAAAUCACGCAUUCUACCCGAAAGUAUUGAUCGAAAGAUUGGGUUGGAUAAACGAGAAGAUUUGACUGGAAUUUUGAUUAGAUUGAUGGGAUCACAAAAUUAUCCACGUUUAGCAAGAGCGAGUGGAGAGGCUUUAUUGGCCAUUUGUGGCGGAAGAGCGAGUCAAAUGACAGCUGAAAUUGGUUAUGGACCUUGUGCUGGCUUUUUGACAAAUAUAGGUCAGGCACAUGCGGUACCGGAAAGUGAGAUGAAAGAUAGUAGCGGAAGACCGAUUGAUCCCAUUACGGGAAAGGUAUUGCCAACCACAGAGGAAAUGGUACGUCAAGAUGCCGAAUCCGGAUUCAGUCAAAUGACGGAGGAGGAAAAGGAGGCAGAGGCAGAACGACUGUUUGGCUUAUUUGAUCGAUUGGACAAAACGGGUAUUAUCAAAGUGGAUAAGAGCUCAAAUCCAAUGCAAAAAGCUGUUGAUUCUGGGCGGUUUCAAGAAAUUGACGAAGAGGAAGAUGAGAAAAAGUUGGAAGAAGCAAACAAAGAAGAUGAAGAAUUGGAAGCUUCUGUCGAGCGAGAGAUGCGUUCUUAUCGUGAGAAGCAAAAUCGGACAGUGGCUUAAGCUGUAUUUCAAAGUUUCAGACUUGCACUGUAUCUAUUAGACAUGAAU